AUGGACCGCGUCCCUGUCCCCUUCAUCCCUCCUCCGCGACACUGCCCCGAGGAAUACGAGUCUCCCGUGUGUGACCUGCAGGAAUGCACGGAUUCCUGCGACGACCAUCGCCAGCUCUGCUGUCAGAAUACGUGCGGGAGCCGACUCUGCAUCGACGGCGAACUCCCCCAAUCCCCUUGCACAGACACCGUUAACGGCCUAACGGGAGGGGUUCUACUCGGGCAGUACAUCCCGCAGUGUAACGAGGGGACGGGGGCGUUCAAGGGUCUCCAGUGUUCCUCGCACUACUGCUGGUGUGUGGACCCACAGAGCGGAGAGCCUACCACUGACAUGAGAGAGAGCGGGCAUGUGGGAGAACUCGAGUGCACGCGGUGUUCUGUGAAUGGUGAGAUGUAUGACCAUCAGGUGAUAGUGGAGACUGAUGGCUGUACUGUGAGUAAGUGUGUGGCUGGAGAAAUCGAGGAGGAAACGGCUGAGGAGUGCAGUCAGUGCAAGUAUGAGGACAAGGUCUACCAAGAUGGAGAAAUAGUGGAGUUUUAUGGCGGAUGCUCCAAGAAGAUAUGUGUUGAAGGUGACGUCAUUUUCCGUGAAACUUGCGACCCGUGUGUAACGAACGGACAGAUAUAUGAGCACGGAGAGGAAACCGAGAGAUGCGGACUGUGUAAAUGUUGGGAUGGAGCAAUAAUGUGUCAGCGCUCAGCAGAGCCCUGCGAUGAUUAUGACGAUGAUGAUGUCGAUGAUAGUUCUGAUAAUGAUGAAGACAGCUCUGAAGAUAGCGAUGAAGAACUGGAGGUGGAUGACCUCGAGUGGUGGCACUACUUCCUCCUUGGCUCCGGGACACUUAUUGCAGUACUGGCCGUCGUUGCCAUAGGCCUCAUUGUGGUGAUGGUAUUUGUCAUCAGAAGCAGCCAUUUCCGGCACUCAAGACUCAAGGAGAACGCCGAGGCCCUCAGUUUCGAGUCGGACACACAGGUCCUGUUCAAGAGCGGACCACCGGAGGGAGAGAGUGUGGAGCUGAAGGUCCCCGUGGAGGACGAGGACGAGCCCGUCAAGGCCUGAUGCCGUGGGGGGAAGACCCUGUAAUUAGUUGCCAUCGUCUCACAAACUUCACACGAUUGUCAUACUGUAAUAAUAAUACAACUGUGUUUAAUGUGUCAUAAUUGUUCACAUGUGGUUGCAGAUCAGUCAAUUGCGUUACCCUUUGUGUGUAUUGUACCAAACAAGAUCAGACUUUUUAUCGCUGUCAUCAAAGUGAGCUACAAUUUUAUGCAGCGAAACGGUGUAGUCUAUCAUAUAGAUUACUGUAAAUUUCUCAUGGAAAAUAAGUGUGGGGAAAGGUGUAGAUCAAUGUCCACAGACUAAUGAAACAGUUGGCUAACACGGAGUGCAAUACAGUCUACUUUGGUCCAAGCAUGUCUUCUGGCCGGACAAACUUGUUGAAAUCUUCCUCUGACAACAGCGCCAGCUGGACGGCCGAUUCCCUCAGGGUCAGCCCCUUGGCGUGGGCAUUCUUGGCAAUCUUGGCCGCAUUGUCGUAGCCAAUGUGGGGGUUGAGAGCCGUCACAAGCAUGAGAGACUCGUGGAGAAGUUUGUCGAUUCUCUCGCGGUUGGCUUGGAUCCCCACCACACAGUGAGAGGUAAACGACGUGCAGGCAUCUCCGAUGAGUCGCACGGACUGCAAGACGUUGCGAACGAUCAUCGGUUUGAAGACGUUCAACUCGAAAUGCCCGUUGCUCCCCCCGACGCUCACUGCUACCUGGUUCCCCAUCACCUGUGCAGCCACCAUCGUGAUCGCCUCGCACUGAGUGGGGUUGACUUUCCCCGGCAUGAUGCUACUCCCCGGCUCGUUCUCGGGGCAGAACAAGCUCCCCCAGUCCACAGCGAGGCCCGGAGCCAAGGAAUCGGAUGUCGUUGGCAAUCUUCAUGAGACUGACAGCCGUCACGUUCUAGCGCUCCGUGCACCUCCACCAUGGCGUCUUUCGCGGCCAGCGCUUCAAAUUUGUUGGGUGCGGGGACAAACGGUAGUUUCGUCAGCUCGGCUAGUUUGGAGCAGACUUUCUCGUCGAAGCCCCUGUGGGUGUUCAGUCCGGUACCGACUGCCGUUCCUCCGAUGGCCAGCUGGUACAGUCGCGGGAACGUGCCUUCGAUUCUGGCAAUAUCGUUGGUGAUCUGUUGUACAUAGCCACUGAACUCUUGACCCAGACUGAGGGGGACUGCAUCCUGAGUGUGGGUCCUCCCGAUCUUGACAAUGUCGGCAAACUCUUGGCUCUUCUCAGUGAGAGCUCGGAGGAGUGUGGCCAGGCCGGGGAGGAGCCGUCCGUGGAUCUCUCUGGCCACUGCCACGUGCAUGGCAGUGGGGAACGUGUCGUUGGAGCUCUGGCUCCGGUUCACGUGGUCGUUUGGAUGGACCGGGUCCUUGGAACCCAGCUGCCCUCCCAGCAGCUCAAUGGCCCUGUUACUGAUGACUUCAUUGACGUUCAUAUUGCUCUGAGUUCCGGAGCCAGUCUGCCACACGACCAGCGGGAAAUGAUCGUCCAAUUUCCCCUCGUACACCUCCGUCGCAGCUGACACGAUCGCGUCCGCCAGACGAGCGUCUAGACCGAAAUGGUCUCGGUUGACUUCAGCACACGCUCGCUUGAGGAUAGCCAAAUGCAUGGAUCACUGGCAACUAGGCAUUCGCUCAGUUUCUCCUCCAAUGUCAAAGUUCAUCUUGGAGCGAGCACUCUGGGCUCCCCAGUAGCGGAUUCGGCCGGCACCUCCAGCUCUCCAAACGUGUCCCUCUCCUUACGAACUCCACUGGCGUAGCAUCGAAGGCACAGGUGUGAAGCUGAAACGGCCGGAUGGUGGGUAAGACUGGGAUUGUGAGGAGUCGCAACUCUGCCCCUGCGACUGAGCACUGCUCGAGACCAGGCUCUCAGUGAGACAACUCGCGCCUGACUAGCUACACCUCUGCUCUACCCACUGGCUCUGCAAGGAUGGAUCA